GUCAGCGUUGGCUUUCAAGAUGGCGGCCCUCAAUAUGUUGGUGUCCGGCUGUGGAAGGCUGCUCCGAGGGCUCCUGGGAGGCCCGGCCGCGAUCAACUGGGCUCGGCCUCCAGCUCGCGGGUUCAGGGAAGUGGUGGAGAUCCAAGAAGAGAAGACGACUAUAAUCGAAGGCCGUAUCACAGGGACCCACCAGGAAAGUCCAAAUCCCCCCAACCCCUCCGGCCAGUGCCCCAUCUGCCGCUGGAACCUGAAGCACAAGUAUGGCCACGAGGAUGUUCUGCUGCUCAGUCAGUUCAUCCGGCCACAUGGGGGCAUGCUGCCCCGAAGGGUCACAGGCCUGUGCCUUGAAGAGCACCGCAAGAUUGAGGAGUGUGUGAAGAUGGCCCACCGAGCAGGUCUGCUCCCAAAUCACAGGCCUAAGCUUCCUGAAGGAUUCAUUCCAAAGAGCAGACCCCGACUCAACAGCCCCUCCCUCCUUCAGCCUGUCCAGCUGCCACUGGAACUGCUCUCUCUGGUUAAAGCAAAGCAAGACACCCUACCCCAACGAACCUCCUAGGCUGAUCCCCAGCAGAACCCAGGCAUGGAGGAUGGGAGACCAGGGAGAUACCAGCCAUGGAUUACUGGGCUGGGGGUACAGGACCAGAGCUGGGUCUUCACUGAUGCCUUUCCAGCACCCUGGCCCCAUGCCCACCUCCACCUGCACCUCCCACAUUGCUAGCUGGGCCAUCUGCCAGCAGCCCUGGGGGAAUGGGACAUAUUAACCUCUUCCUAUCUUUCCCAAAUGUGCUUUAGGACAACCCCCACCCCAACUUGUUAAGAGACAGCAGAAACCUAAGGACACAAUCAUCCUGCCCUCGGGCCUUUGAAGCAGAGCCAGGCUCCCUCCCAUAUAUCCGGUGUCCUUUAACGUGACACAGGAUUGAUGACGUGUGGGGGCUCUUGGGUUGCAAAAGGCCACCCUGGGGAGGAGAGGGAAUCCUGGCUACGAGGGAGGUUGAUUCCUUACAAAGGACUUUAUGAUUCCAUCCAGAGGUCCUUGAGCUGCCAUGUACUGGCCCAGGCUCUGCUCGGCCCUGGGAGCCACACUUCCUCCUUCCCCCACCCCUUCAGGAGAGGUAGGAGGGGAGAGCUCGUUUAGGAAGGAGCCUCGGUCCUUCUUAGAGCUGGAGUGUUCCCUGGGAGCUGACUGGAGGCCCCUGGCCCCCUCCCCUGCCAGUUGGCUGCUCCAUGGGGCACAGGCAUCAGGCCCAGGGCUAACUGAAGCCCAGCUUCCCUGGGGUCUCUCCAGGGCAGCAGGGGAAGAACAGCUUUAGGGCAGCAGCUCUGGAGAAUCUGGUCAACCUCAGGAUCUUCUGACGUCUUCAAACCCAAUGAGCACUUCUUUUGGGGAGCCUGCUCCCACACCCCACCUCUUCACCCACCCCCUCUGAAGACUGGAGAAGUCAGUGUGGGGCCUGCUAGGUGUUCCCCUCCCUUUACCCUUACUCUCCUGCUGUCCCAGCACCACCAGCCAUAGGAGAAGCCAUCCCUGGGGCUGGCCCACUGCACGAGUGCCUCCCUGCUAUGGUGUUGACAGCCACAGUGGACAUGGGGAAGCCCUCUCCUGCCGGCCCACCUCACACUUGGCAUGUAGGCCAGCACCCCCCCCCCCCAGUUUUUUACUUCGUCUCAGAGCUGAGAGCAGAAGACCAAGGUCCAGGGGAGCUCAGUUGAAAUGUAUAAAUCUGCAGUCAUUUUUUCACUCUUAUCUAAAAUUUUUCAGCUGUGGCUAUUAAUUUUAAAACCUCUCAAUUGAGGGUCUCUUAGGGCAGCUGGGUUGAGCCCCGACCUAGUGUGGAGGCAGGGGAGGAUCCUGGUCUUUUCUGUGGCUGAGCUUUCAGGACGAAGGGUGGGCCUCUUUGGACAGAAUCCAGGUCUCAUUCUGGAUGGAGUAAACCCCAGUCCCAGCCGGCAUGAGCCACUUUUCCAGGAACUAUCGGCCCUGCCAUCCCCAAAGGAGGCCAGAGGCCUGUGGGCGGUAGCCAUCUUUCCCCACCCCCUCCCACUUCCAAGAACCUUCCUGGCCUAGGUCUGCACCCAUGGGCCCUUACCCUUGGCUCUCAUCAUGGGUUGGGUGACAGGCAGGGGUCCUCCACCAGGGUUGUCCCUUGAAGGCUGGGGUGGUGUUGGAGUGAGCCAAGUGGGGAAGAGGGAAGGAUUCCUCCAGGCCCUUACAUCAGGCUCUCCUCCUCCCAAGACUGAGGCCAAAUAGGGAUGAUCUGCUCUCUGAGCAGCCUCUUCCUCCACUUCCUCCUCCCCCAGCAGAUACACACAAACACUGACAACUCAUAAAGAUCAAGGGAGCGCGUGGCCUUGGGCUGCCUGACCCUGGCCACACACACUUACGGCAGCAAGAGCCCAGCCCAUCUGUUUACAGCACACUCGGUAGUUGCUCCCAGGAAAAGCCCCUUCUCCUCAAGAAAGAAGAACUGGUGAAAGGGUUUGAUUGGCCAACCGUGGCUUGGGCCUGAGGAGGCCAUGCCCACAGUCCCAGCUGCAGCAUGGGCCACCAGCCCUCACAGCCACCUCCUGGCCCUCCCU